AUGUUCAUCCGCCCAAUCCGCCGGUUCAUCGUCACCCUCGUCUUCGGUAUCAUCGCGGCCAUCUUGGGUAUGCUCUACCGUCGUUCCAUCGUCAACAAAUUUGGUAUCAUUUCCCAAGCUGCUCGAUCUUCCUCUGCAUCCAUGGCGCAGGCACCGCCCAGACCCGUCAUUGUUGUCGGCUCCGGCCUGGCCGGCUUGUCUGCAGCACAAGAGGCCCUCAACGCAGGCGCUUCGGUCCACAUGCUCGAUCGUGCGCCGAAGCCCGGCGGAAACAGUAUCAAGGCUUCAUCCGGCAUCAACGGUGCGGGUACACGAUUUCAAAGGGCCGCCGGUGUGGAUAGAGACGACUUGUUCUACAACGACACAGUACGCUCCGGCGGCAAGCGUUUCACUGAUGUCCAGGCCGUGGUGAAUCGCCCCAAGCUUGUCAAACUCCUAACACAAGGCUCUGCAGAUGCUGUUACCUGGCUUGUGGAUGAAAUUGGCGUCGAUUUGAGCGUCGUCGCCCCCUUGGGCGGGCACUCAAUUGCUCGAACCCAUCGAGGGGCUGGGAACACCCCGCCAGGGGCAGCGAUCGUCACCGCCUUACUGAAGAAGCUUGGAGAGAACCCCGACUUCCGACUCAGUAAUUCUGCCGAGGUGACCUCCCUAAAUGUUGCUGACGGGGUUAUUAAGGGUGUGCUCUACAACCAAGAGGGCCAACAGCACGAACUUGAGGGCGCUGUUGUCUUCGCUGUGGGUGGAUUCGCUGGUGACGCGAAUGGUCUUUUAGCCAAGUAUCGCCCCGACCUAGCGGGUUUGCCUUCAACGAACGAGGCUCGACCUGCUUCUCAUGGCAUUCUAGAGGCCGUCGGAGCCGAGUUUGUCGACAUGGACAGCGUACAGGUGCACCCCACCGGCUUCGUCGACCCCAAAGACCCUGAGGCGCGGUACAAGUUCCUUGCGGCAGAGGUCUUACGCGGAGAGGGUGGCAUCCUGCUCUCAGAUAACGGAGAGAGAUUUGUUAAUGAGAUGGAAACAAGGGAGCAUGUCAGCAGGGCCAUCAUGCAGUUGCCACCGAAGGAAGUCGGCGAUGUUAGGCAGUGGGACGUCAUCAUGCUCCUGGAUCCCGGUGCAUGUGAUGCCGCUGCAGGUCAUCUAGGUUUCUACCUGUGGAAAGGGUUGAUGGAGAAGAAGAAGGUGAAGGAACUGAACCCAGCCACCAUCAAAAUAGUGGAUGAGUAUGCUGCGGCAGUUGCCUCGGGUGCUGACCCGGAAUUCGGAAGACGGACGUUUGGGCGCUGGAGACUGCCGCCCGGAGAUGCAAACCGCGAGGAGGAAGUUUGCAUCGGCCGCGUCACCCCCAUUACUCACUUUACGAUGGGCGGCGCAGCGUUCAAUGAGAAGACACAGGUUCUCAGGAAAGACAAAACCGCCAUCGAUGGUCUGUGGGCAGCGGGGGAAAUUACUGGCGGCAUCCACGGAGACAACCGAUUAGGAGGCUCAUCGCUGUUGGAGUGCGUGGUCUAUGGAAGGAUAGCCGGGCAGCAAGCGGCAAAAGCGGUGGCAGCACCAUGA